AUUUAGAAGAGGAAGCUCACUGGGGACUUUCUCACAGCAGUCUCUGGUCAGAUGAGUAAGUAAAACUGACUGAGGAGUCUUCUCCACUCACUGAACAAACCCACUACUCUUAGACAAAUUCUGUUGACAUGUUAAGAGCCUUUUGCUUCUUGAACCCUAAGCUGGGAUCUCCCUGGAAGAGUGAGCCCGAAUCCAGACCAUCUCUAUACACAAGGCUCCCCAACAGCUGUCUGGGCAGUUCCAGCACCACACCCUUCACAGCUAUGGACCUGCAUCUUUUAUGUUUACUGCUCUUCCUGGUGACCUCAUUGCCUGAAGGUUACUGUGUGAUCGGGAAUAGUGGCGUAUCCUUUAAGCCAUGUACUUCAGAAGGAGGCUAUUGCUUUUUUGGUUGUAAGCUAGGCUGGAUAUGGAUUACUUACUGUAACAACAUAAUGUCCUGUUGUAAGAAGGAUACUAAGCAUUCACUUCCUCAAACCAAAGGUGUGUGACCUAGCUUCAGAGCUCCAAUUCAAAGAUCAUGUGAGUGAUUAAAAGCUCCAAACCUGUCUGUGAGGACGAAGAGCUCAAGAAACAGUGUGGGUGACAGAUAGGGGUGACGCUGGCCAAGUUUCUGUUUACUGGCAAAAGCCCAGAUAUAUUUUGAAGAAAAAAAAAAGCAUUGUAAUAAAUGGCACUUCAUGGUCUUCCUCACCUUAAA